AUGGCGCACACGCACCAGCUCAACAUCCUAGCGGCGCUCGACCGCGCCAAGACGCGCCGGUACCACCUCGCAGCAGCCGCGAUUGCCGGCACGGGAUUCUUCGCCGGAGCCUACAACCUCUACUCUGUGAUACUCGUCUACAUGCUGCUUGGCCGCGUCUACUUCGCUGAUUCCGCGAGGCCGGGCGAGCCGGGCAUGCUGCCGCCCGAUGCCGCGGCUGCGCUGAACGGCGCCGUAUUCUGCGGAAUGUUUGUGGGCCAGCUCGCCUUUGGUUGGCUGGGGGAUAGGAUUGGCCGCCGGCGCGCCUAUGGCCUCGCGUUGGCGCUCGUGGCCGUCUGUUCCGCCGCGUCCGGACUAUCCUUUGGCCGCACGGCGAAGGCCGUCGUGGCGACACUAUGCUUCUUCCGCUUCUGGCUCGGCGUCGGAGCCGGCGGCGGGUACCCCUUGAGCGCGGCCAUCAUGGCGGAGUACGCCAACAGACGCAAACGCGGCGCAUUCCUCGCCGCCGUGUACGCCAUGCAGGGCAUGAGCAUCCUCCUAAGCAACGCCGUCGCUAUGGUCGUGGCGGCUGCCAUGCCAGAGGCCGACUACGUGUGGCGUACCAUCCUCAUGGCCGGGGCAGUACCAGCCGCGCUCGCCUUCUAUCUGCGCAUGAAGUUGCCGGAGACUGCUCGGUACACGGCGCUCGUCGCCGGAGACCUGAGGAGUGCAGCGACCGACAUGUCACUGGUGUUAUGCGCCACCAUCCGAGAGCAGGAAAUCGACGCCUCUGUUAGAGGCGUCGACGACAAGUGGGGUCUCUUCUCGGUGCAGUUCUUGAGGAGCCAUGGCCUCCACCUCCUGGCAACCUCGAGCGCUUGGUUCCUCCUCGAUGUGACCUACUACAGCCAGAACAUCCUCCAGAAGGACCUACUCGGCAAGCUUGGAUGGGUCUCCCAUUCCCCGGUGGUGACCAUGAGCGCCGUCGAGGAAGUCUCCCGACUCGCCCGCGCGCAGGCUCUCAUCGCACUCUGCGGCGCCAUCCCGGGCUACUGCUUGGCGAUCACCCUCAUCGACGUCCUCGGCCGGCGGCAACUCCAGGUCGCCGGUUUCUUGGUGAUGACGCUGUCCAUGCUUACCCUCGCGGCGCUGUACGAACACUGGACAUCGCACAUCGCCGGCUUCAUGGCGCUCUAUAGCGUGGCCUUCUUCUUCGCCAACGUCGGUCCCAACACCACGACGUUCGUCGCACCCGCUGAGCUCUUCCCGGCACGGCUACGAUGCACGUGCCACGGCAUCGCCGCGGCGUCGGGGCGGGCUGGUGUGGUUCUUGGAGCAUUCGGGUUUUUCCCCAAGAAGGGCGCUGACGGCGAGUAUGCGGCGGGCAUUGGCACCCGGAACGAGCUGUUCGUGCUGGCGGGCACCAACAUCCUGGGCAUGCUGAUGACUCUGUUCGUCCCGGAGACGAGGGCCACGUCGCUGGAGGUGCUGUCCAAGGAGGUCAUCUACGAAGCCGUCGACGAUGCCGCGUGCAAUUAA